AGGACACUGUGGGCACAAUGGCUUUUUUCCUCAAACCACGGCCAUGCACGUGGAACCUUGCACUGGACUACCACACUGCCAAACAGUUUGAAGUGGACGUCACCCUGGAUCCAGCCACAGUGGGUCCUGAGGUGAUCCUCUCUGAGGACCUCAAAGAGGCCACCUGGGGUAGACCUCAACACCAGUGGCCUGAGGGUCCAGGCCGGUUCGACACAGAUCCGUGUAUGCUGGGCAGCAAGGGCUUCAACUCAGGCCGCCACUACUGGGAGGUGGAGGCCAAUGGGCGCUUCUGGGCUGUGGGGGUUGCCUGUGAGUCAGUUCAGAGAAAGGGCCGUGUCCUCUUCAAACCCAACACUAAGAUCUGGGGCUUGCAGAAGUAUGAUGAGCUCUGUGUUGCCCUCACAGCUCCAUCCAACACCUCUGUUCCGCUCCUCAAUGGGGAUAUUGGGGUCUACCUGGACUAUGAGGUGGGGCAGGUCUCCUUCUACGCUGUUGGCAGCCACCAACGCAUCUUCACCUUCUCUGUCACCUCCUUCAGAGAGGAGAGGGUCUUCCCAUACUUCUGUGUGCUCCUCUCAACCAUCAAGCUGUCCCCAAAGGGCUGA